UUCCAUGGACCAGCCCAGGAACCCCUGUGAGAACGAGCCUCUGACCCCAGGUUAUCAUGGAUUCCCAGCACGGGACAGCCAGGGUAACCAGGAGCCAACAACAACUCCUGACGCAAUGGUUCAGCCUUUUACUACCAUCCCGUUUCCACCACCUCCACAAAAUGGGAUUCCCACAGAAUACGGAGUGCCACACACUCAGGACUAUGCCGGCCAGACCAGUGAGCAUAACCUGACCCUCUAUGGAAGCGCGCAAGCCCAUGGGGAGCAGAGCAGCAACUCACCCAGCACACAGAACGGAUCUCUGACGCAGACAGAAGGGGGCGCACAGACAGAAGGCCAGCAGUCACAGACGCAAAGUAGUGAAAAUUCAGAGAGUAAAUCUACCCCUAAACGCCUGCAUGUCUCUAAUAUUCCUUUCCGCUUCCGGGAUCCUGACCUCCGGCAGAUGUUUGGGCAGUUUGGCAAAAUCCUAGAUGUAGAAAUAAUCUUUAAUGAACGUGGCUCUAAGGGAUUCGGGUUCGUAACUUUCGAGAAUAGUGCUGAUGCAGACAGGGCCAGGGAGAAAUUACACGGCACCGUGGUAGAGGGCCGUAAAAUCGAGGUGAAUAAUGCUACAGCACGUGUAAUGACCAAUAAGAAGAUGGUCACACCAUAUGCAAAUGGUUGGAAAUUAAGCCCAGUAGUUGGAGCCGUAUAUGGGCCCGAGUUGUAUGCAGCAUCCAGCUUUCAAGCAGAUGUGUCCCUAGGCAAUGACGCGGCAGUGCCCCUGUCAGGAAGAGGGGGCAUCAACACUUACAUUCCUUUAAUCAUUCCUGGCUUCCCUUACCCAACUGCAGCCACCACGGCGGCCGCUUUCAGAGGAGCCCACCUGAGGGGCAGGGGGCGGACAGUAUACGGUGCAGUCCGAGCGGUACCUCCAACAGCCAUUCCCGCCUAUCCAGGUGUGGUUUACCAGGACGGAUUUUACGGUGCUGACCUCUAUAUAGAAUCUGCAAACUGCUUCAGAUCAAACAGGGUGGAUACGCAGCCUACAGAUACGCACAGCCUGCUACUGCAACCGCUGCCACCGCCGCCGCCGCCGCCGCCGCUGCUUACAGCGACGGUUAUGGCAGGGUGUACACGGCCGACCCCUACCAUGCCCUUGCCCCUGCCGCUAGCUAUGGAGUUGGCGCUGUGGCGAGUUUAUACCGAGGUGGCUACAGCCGAUUUGCCCCUUACUGAAGUGACGUGAGACCCCUGCAAGUGGGACAGCCCCCCAGUUCAUGAGGCCUGGCUAUUGCAAUAUUUACUAGUAGAGGAACUCUAUAGCAAGAUGAAGAGGAAAAACAAACAAACAAAAAACACAAAAAAAGAGAGAAUACUUUUUUAUACCUCACUAUGUUCUUUGAAUAUGUAUUUUUCCUUUAAAUUUCUGCCUUUAAUUCUUUUGUUCCAAAGAUUGUGCAUUUUUUUCUUUUUUCUUUUUUUAACUGUGGUAAAAAAAAAAAAAAAAUAACGCAUUUCCAUGUCUGUAUGUCCGUGCUUAGCUUAUUCUGUCAAUCACGGAAGAGGCAGUUAAUGAGGAAGGAGAGACAUUAGGAGCUGAUAAAUGCGUCUGAUCAGAAAUCAGCAGACAGAAUUACCAAAGUGUAUCUGGUGCUGAAUGGCUGUGGAACAAGCAGAAGUGGAAGAGAUCUCUCUGCAACAGGAUAUCCUUCUAGUCUUCUGAGUUUCUGGUCUUUGGCAGGCAAUUCUGAUUGGCUGUGGCUGGAAUCCACAUGCUAAUAGACUAUAGGAAUGUGUGCUGGCAAAGCAGGAGAAUCACUAAGACACUUUCCUCUCCUCUUCCCUCCUGUCUCCUCAUUCUCUUUACAAUCAUCUUACGCGCAAGGCCUGAGACAGUUGGCAUCGUUUUUGGAAUUAUAGUAUUAAUAUUUCCAGACAUGCUCUCAGACUGUGGAUAAUAAACACCUCAUUAGGAAACCGGUCUCGGAAUGAACUCUGGAGUAUGAAAAAGAUCACUCUUUUCUUUCCUAUAAACCCUAGCAUUCCUGCUGGGCUGCUUUUCCUUUCGUUGAACCACAGCUUAGCUCAUCUCUCCUUUUAUUAACACCCUGCUCCCAUGUCCUCGAGAUUCAGGAAUUUAGGACCCAGGGACAGAAGAAUAAAUAGCCAGUGGCCAGAUUUCCCCCGAGGUGUCUGGGCACGGCUUGAGGGCUAGAAGUACAAAUUGUCACGCGCCAGUGAAGAGGGUGAGGGCAAGAAAAGGGGUGUUAGACGAUGGCAGAUUAAGGCGCCCUGAUAUUCCCGAUCUUUCUCUUGCAUCAAAAAGUCAGUACAAAGUAGAAAGCAUAUAAUAAAGGCUCUGGUGGCAAAAGAUAAAGCAUCGAGCCCUAGAUCAGCUGUCCCUGGAGGUCUCUGUGAGUAGGGCAUGUGAGGGCAGGCAAAGGCACUUUGUACAAGCUCCAAAGCCAUAGGACUUUUCAUCUUCCAGAGCCUUUACGAGUCACUUCUGUCCACAGUCUGGAGCCCUCGUGGCCAAUUCCACCCAGCUUCUCACUAUCCUCCAAAGACACCCAGCUGAGCACCUGGACCACUUGGUACUCAUGAACACUACAGGACAUGACACAAGCCCCUGAGGCUGCUCCCCUCCCGUACAGGAAUGAGGGUCUGAAAUGGCCAGGAUCUCAUAUGUUGCCAGGAAGAGUCAUGUGGUGGCCACCACAGUGAGUCACUGCUAUUACCACCUGGCUUCGACUUAUCUAUCAUCAGACAGGGGAGAAAGUGUUUCUCUUCUAGCUCUUAGCUGUUAAAGGCAGGGGUCCUGCAGCAUUUCCAAAAUGAAGGCAUUAGAAAAUAGAAAAGCACGGUCCGUUUGGCUCCCUGGUCUAUUCACAUUGGUACUAGGGUGACCUUUCACCCGAGGGAUAGCUGCUAAAGGGAGUAAGUAGUUCAGAGACAUGGAGCUUCUGGUUUGUUAUGGGUUUGUUUUGGUUUUUGUUUGUUUUUUUUUUACUCCUGCCUCCACCCGUGUUCUUGACUGAUACUGAUUCAUGUCCCUGCAUUAAAAUGACUGACAUAUGACAGCAUCAAACAUUCUUUGUAAGGAGAGGGAUCUGUGGCGGGGGACUGGCCUGUCGUGUAUAAUACAUAUCUUCUCCCCCUUCAGAAUCCUCUCUCUCCUAAUAACUGGGAGGGAGGCUUCCCUGAAACUAGGGGAGACAUCAAGGAAGCUAGAGGCCUCGAUGCAAUUCUUACUGAUUCUGGGGAGGAAUGCACAGAAUAGGGGACACCAGACUGCCCGGUCCAUUGGCCAUUUUUAAGGGUUCCCCUCCCCAAGCCAAAGUUUGGUUUGUUGCUGUUGAGACAAUUUUUGUUGUGUGUGUAUAUAAAUAUUUUAGUUUGGGGUGUGGGAAUGGGAUGUGGGGCUUUCACAGGUCUAGGAAAUGGGGGCAGGGAGGAUUUUUUUCUUUGUUUCUUUUGCUUUUGUUUUGAGGGAGAGCUUUUACUGAGUGAAGUAACUGAGAGAAAUUUUGUGUCCUGUUCAAAUAGGGGCCAUUCUCACAAAUGGCAAGCCACCACUCAGUGGAGACAAGGCCAAAUUCUAAAUGGUUGUAUCCAUAGCAGGGGAGGAAAAUAGGGCAAUGAGUUCAAGAAUUUUCUAUUCUUUUUUUCCAGAAAGAGGGAAAGAUGAUGGGAAAGGCAGAGAAGGCAGCUUCCACAGCCCUUUUAAAAGAGGCAGAAGCCUGAGCCUUUGUGCAUUUCAGUUCAGCUGGUUCUGGCUGAGGACUCCAUAGGCAAGCUCUGUGUUUUCCAGUGGGCCUCUGCUGCAUUUCCAGGGAUGGUUUUAAUACGGCUUCCUUCAGCUCCUUUUACUAAGAAAGACUAAAUAGAGUUCUGCUUGUUAUUAAAGGGCCUUUGGUUUUCAGUGUCAUCACUGAGAAUUGGGGCUCUCGAAGCAUCAACCUCCCCAUCAGCUUUUGAACUUUGAGAUUCCAUACAGGCAACUUCAUCAGAGGCAGGUUCCUCGAAGCAUCAGUGCUUGUUUAUUCCUGACUCUAGUUCCCACUGGACUAAGAAACUGAGUCAGAAGAGAGUAUGGCAUCUUGUAAGUUUGUUAGAGGAUGCUGGUGAAUAAUUCCAGAAAACGUAUCCAUGCUGAAUCAAUUUUGACAGCUUUACUGUAGGUCACGAUGUGGACGUCUAUACUAAGCAUCUUACUCUUAGAAGCUGGGCUCCUUUCAGGAGCCCUCUAGUGACCACCUUUAUCUGAAUAUUCCUCUUUCAGCCCAGAGAGCUGUCCUUAGAGCUUUUCCAGAAUUCCUUAUAUUACAUAGUUCAGCUCCCACUGACCGAGAUCAGCUGUUGUGAUUCGUCACUUUUAAGGCUCUCAAGUUUUUACAAAGCCCACCGUCACCAUCCUCCUUCAGCAGCCACAGUUGGAACGGAGCCAAUAUUAUUUUUCCUUGAAAAAGAAGGGGACGAGCUCAGCUCUUAGUUUAAGGGGAGCUAGUGGAGCUCUAUGCAGUAGGAAUCAAUGAUAGCAGCUUUCUCUCAAAAGUGUGACUCCUCAGGGGCUGAAUUGCUCUUAGAUUAGGUUCCACUUUCCUAGAGCUCUAGCAGAUAAGUCGGUGAAUCACUACCGCCCUGUAACUAGUCACAUAGCUUCCAGGUAGGAAGGAGGUGUAAACUCGGGAUGGAAGCAACCCCAAGGAUCUGCAGGAAGGGCUGGAUGGCCUCCCUUCCUUCUGGCGGGAGGAUGAGGCCAAGGGAGGGAAGCAAGGGACAGCCCAGAGGGCACUGUAAGGGAGGAGGGGGGGACCAUUGGGACCGCCCCCUUUCACCAAGCCCAGCCACUUCUCGGCUGCUUGCAACCCCCAGCACAGAAACAGUUGCAGAAUCGCAGACUUGUUUCCCCCAGAAAAUAGGAGGAAAGGGACUUUGGGGGGUGGGGAAGGGGUAGUGGUGUUUUAAAAGCAUAAGUUACCUGUUUGCACUGUUUUAAGAUAGGAAAAAAAAUAGUGGGCAAGGUGAACAUCCAACGUAAAUUUGUGUGUUUUUAUUUUGUCAUGCUCUUGAAAAUGUUUGACCGUUUGUAGUAUCCACCAGUGAAACCUGAUUCUCUCUGUUGCAUAAAACACGAUUUUUUUGGAAA